AUGAACGGCACCGUUCUCACCUGCACAGUGUGUGGGGCGUUCAACAUGUUCCCCAUAGCCCACGCCAACAUGCAGGAGAGAGGGAGCAUGACGACGUUCUGCAACACGUGCGGCACCGUGACGCUGCAGCGGGUGAGCGGGCCGUCUAACCAGGGUGAUCUCCCAAAUGACUCCACACAUGUACCGACCGCACCAACGCAAAGCAGCGUGGACCCGUAUCGAAGAACACCAGUACCUGACACGAGCGAGCAGUUGUUGUGGAGGCGUCUGCAGGAUGCACUGACGAAUAACAAUGUCGCUAUGACAGAGUUCUUCCGAUGCGACGUACCCACCAAGACGCGUCUCAUCACUGCGAUGGGAUUCUCCAGUAUAGAGUUGCCGAAGUUGUUAAAGCUUUCAGAGGCCAAUGACCUGCGCAAGAUAUUGGGCAGCACAGCGGGACAGGUGCAGCCGCAAGAAAACUCAGCGGAGGGCAAAUCGCCUGCCCUCGGGCCCUCCGCGGUGGAGCGGAACGGCAAGACGGCGGGAACGCCGCUGAAUACUGCGCGCGACGCUGAUGUGAUUGUUGAGACGCCAAAUCGCACGACAUGCGCCGAGGGCUCAGUGCCCGGGAUGACGGUGCAAGAUGACGGUAGAAUCCUUGCGCGGUGCUCAGUGUACCCGCAUCUUCCCGCUGAGUUUUGGUGCUCACUUUGUGGUGCGUUGGUGUCGAGUCGCUGUCACGUGUCGGGUAUUCACAAGGAUCAUCCAUUCAUCACCCUUCGGCAAGCAGCAGAGGCGCAUGUGCGUGACCUCAAAUCAUGGGCAGAACGAUGCCGUUCUCAGCUGAACGUCGCAUCUAGCAUUGUGGCAAACCUGCAGCACGGGAAAGAAGUUAUCACCGGGUCUGUGAAGCACCAAGAGGAAGAGUUGGACAGACACUAUGAGGAAAUUGUAAGGGGGCUUGCUCAGUGGCGUGACGAGUUGAAGUCUAGCAUGCGGCUCCAGGUUAGUGCACAGCUGAAUAAUAUCGACGCCGCAGUGGAGAGGACAAAUGCAUUUAUAGAGUACUAUACAGAACGACAGAAUAGUUGUGACCCUCUACUGCAUACCAUACCGCCCGUACAUCAAGUCAACAAGCAAUCAGAGGACUGGUCCCUCCGUGUGAUGGGCCUUGUGAGUCAUCUCAAGACGGUGAACCAGGAGCCAAUUCCUAUGCCGCGCCUCACGAUACCAGAAGUGAAACCCUCCGCUACUGUGGCAACCUACAUGGACCUCCUGAAGGCGGUGAGUGUUCCUGCUGGCAUUCGCGUCCCGGACGUUCUUGACACUGGAUACCUUAAUUUCCCUAACCCCUCUGAUGUAGGUCGUGACGCCUUCACACUACAGCCGCCCGAGGACGCCAAAGCGCGUGGCAUUCUCAUUUACAGCGGACGCACGUUAACAAGAUCACAGAACAUCACACCCACGCACAUGCUUGUAUGUGCCUCGCAGAUCUUUUACACCGGCAUCACGGCGUGGGAAGUGCACAUAGACCGCCUUGGCGUUGGCCCUGGCCGUAUUCUUGCUGGCGUGCUGAUGGCCGGAACUGACGGUGAGGGUGUUGUGUGGGAUGGGCGCCGCAUCGUUGGCCCCAACGAGGGCGAGUGCCGUGCGCUGCCUGACCGCUACGCACUUCAGACCGGCACAACGCUGCGCUUCGUCCUCGAGCUCGAGGCACCGUCAUACUUCCUCAUUUGCUACCAUGAGGACGACGUCGUGGCGCGCGUGCCGCUUCCGCCGGCGCUAAGUGGCUGGAUCCCUGCCUUUAGUGUCUUUGGCCCUCAGGACCAGGUGACGGUGGUGCCGACGUCGUCCACGGCUGCAGAACACCUGCUCUUCAACGCCGUGCCGGCGGCAAAGGGCAAGCGAGCAGAGGAGGAGAAAGAGGAAGAGGCGAAGGUUCGCCUCAUCGAGCAGGAGCAGAAGCUUAACGCCCUGCAACAACAAUUGCUUGCUGUGAACUCGCGAAUUGACCAGGAACAGUAUGAAAGGCUCAUAAACAAUCCUACCGACCAGCGAGGUAUUAUGAGGGAGAAGGCCAAUGGCGAUAGUAUAGCGGCAGCUCAGUCGCCGCAUUCUUUUCGAGAGGCGAUUCCGCAUUUGUCACCCAAUGAAGAUCGCUUUGAGGUGCAUACACCGUUCGAUAUUGCACGUGAUACGAAGGCGCCACCACGGCCGCUGGCGUCGUCGAUAUUGAGUGGGGCACCACCCGUACCGCGCGGUCAGAAUGACCUCCAGCGCGAGAGCUACAGCCCUGAGCUGCGGAAUCUCCUCAGUUUUGUUGACUCCAUCAAGUAG